CCAUUUGGAACAAAUUUUAACAAGAAUUAUAACCUAUGAUCGAAUCUUAAAUGACUGAAUCUCACUUCUUUUGUCAGUUGAUGAUUGAUUUGCGUUUGAUUUGAGUCUUAUUUUUUUGUCGCAUGUUUAAUGUACCGCUUUGUAUUGUGUUAAACAGAAGAUCUACAGUUUUAAAGUAGGCGUCGAAAGUGAGGCGGCGAGAUUCGAAUUCGUUAUCUUUUGGGCUUGAGUGUAACGGGUUGAAUUUUAUCUUUUUGCUCGUUUUUGCUUUCGACUUUGUUUUUACUAUUUACUCUUAAAAGAAGUCAUUAUUCGCAGUCACAGUUAUGGGUAAACAUUGUGUCGUUUUGGGUUGUACCACGGCAGUGAGUCUACCCUUUCACAUAUUUCCCAAAGACCAGAUCAUGAUGGAUAAAUGGAAAAAAGCUGUUUUUUCUAAAAAAAUUGAUGGUUUAACAGAUGAAGAAGUGAGAAAAUAUGCUGUGUGUUAUAAACACUUUGCGGAUAGUGAUUAUAUGAACAUAUACACACAACGCAGAUUAAAACCUGGUGUAGUACCAUCGUUAAAUAUACCAAGUAAGGACAGUGAGAUCAAGGAAGAAAAAAAAUCAACAAAGAGAAGAAGAAAUAAAACAACAAAACUAAAUGGAACUUUAAAAGACUCUACAGUGGAAGUGACAGAUACUGUCAAAACUGUUGAAGAGAUUGAACUGAUAGAAGUCACAGAACACAGUAAAGAGCCCACAGGAAAGAUAUCACAAAACUUCAAUAUUUCAGUAAAUAAGAACCCUCCUAAAUUAGAACUUAAAACAUUCAAGAUUCCAGAAUCUUCUGCACCAGAAAUUUCAAAAUCAGAGACUAUAAAGUCCAAGUCUCCAGAACCUAGGUCUGUAAACUCCAUGUCUCCAGAACCUAGACCAGUAAAAUCCAAGUCUCCAGAACCUAAACCUGUAAAAUCCAAAUCUCCAGAACCUAGACCUGUAAAAUCCAAAUCUCCAGAAUCUAAGUCUGUGAAAUCACAAUCUUUGAUACAAGAACUUGUAGAAUCACAAGAUCUUGUGGAAUCUCAAGAACUUGUGGAAUCACAGCCUUUAGAACUAGAACCUUCAUUACCAGAAUCUUCACAACUGAAUGAUUUACCAUCAGAAUUUUCAAGCUCAGACUCUUUACAAUCGAUGUCUUCAGAAACAGAAUUAGAAUCUGUAAACUCAGUAUCUUUAGAUGAUAAAUCUUCAAGAUCAAAACGUCGAAGAGUAGAAAGAUCACAAUCUUCAGAAGAUGAACUGGACGAACUUGCGAGUGCAAUAGAUUUAGAAGAUGAGUCUCUAGCAUCAAAGCGUCGAAAAUCAGAACUUAUAAAAUCAAAGUCUUCAGAAAAACUGAAGUUUUCAAAUUCUUCAGAAUCAAAACUAUACGCGAAGUUUUCAGAAACUUGCAAGUCUUCAGAAUCUGAACCUUCAGAGUUUUUUAAACCAGAAUCUUCAAAAUUCAAUUCAAUAACCAAUUUGUUAGAUCUACAAACUUUAGUACAAGGAAAAUAUUUCCAUGAGUUUACACCACAAAUAUGGAAGUUAUACAAAUUGUCAAGCAUGCUGAAGCAAAAACAAGAAAUUAUGUCAAAGAAGAAAUUGUCAUUUUGUCAACGUUUAAGACAAGCUAAAAAGUAUAGCAAAAGUACUGCAUUGGAAAAGCUGUUGUCUUCAUUAACAUCUGUUCAACGUAAGUUUCUUGAAAUGCAGAUAAAAACUUCGAAAUAUGCACCUAAGAACAGGCACUUUACUUUAAAUGAGAAGAUUACAGCUUUAUCCAUCAUGCAAUCCAGUAAAUGUUAUCAAUAUCUAACGCAAAUAUUUAAUCUGCCUAGUAUAGGCACUCUGCGAUGUAUACUUCAAAAAGUACAGAUUCAUCCAGGUCCAAUUAAAUUUAUAAAUCAACAUCUGAAUACACAUGUAAAACGUAUGAGGAAAAGAGACAAAGUGUGCUGUUUAAUGUGGGACGAAAUGUUCUUACAACCACAUUUGGAUUAUGAUGCAAACAAGAAGCACAUUCUUGGUUUUCAAGACUUUGGACAAAAAAGGAGUCCGCAAUUCGUUGAUCAUGCAUUAGUUUUUAUGGUGCGUGGUAUACACAGUGGAUGGAAGUUUCCAUUGGCGUAUUAUUUCUGCGAUGGCGCCACAAAACCUGAUCAGCUCAUAGAAUGGAUAAGGAAUAUUGUAACUAUUAUAAUUGAAAAUGGAUUAUAUCUAAUGGCUUUUGUAUGUGACGAUAGAAGAACGAAUCUUACAGUUAUAAAUAAAUUGAAAGUAGAGUCAUCAAAACUUAAGUCCACGCAAGGACAAUUAUAUUAUGGAUACAUAACACUGAACAACCAUGAUAUAAUCCCGUUGUUUGAUCCACCGUAUCUCAUUAAAGGCAUACGCGACAAGUUAUUAACUAGCGAUCUCGAAUUUGAUUGCAUAGAAGGAGAAGAACGCAAAUUUGCAUCAUGGGAGAUUAUCGAACAAGCGUAUCAUAUGGAUUUGACAGAUAGCAAGUAUCGAUUAAUGCCGAAAAUUACUGCGGAGCACGUAAUAAAGAGUAAAAUAAAGAAAAAGAAAGUUAAGUAUGCUGCAGAAGUUUUAAGUACGACAAUGGGUGGAUUCAUAGAUCACCACACUAAGUUGGAAGGAUGCGUGAAUACGGUCUAUGGACCAUUAAAAAUGCCGGAUAAGAGAGGACGUGAUACGGCAGAGAUGGUACUAUUCUUCGAUCGAUUGUUCGAUUCUCUGAACGGUCACACGUUAAAACCGGAAAAACCAUUAAGAGUUGCCAUUUCACAAAACAAUAUUCCACAUUUUCCAUUUUGGGAGAGAGCGGUAAAAAGACUGCAGAGAAUGCGAUUUGUUGAUCCGAAAACUAAAAAUCCAACAACAGAUUCGACUGUUCUCAAAAAUUGGAUCAGCACAAUACGAGGAUUUCGCAAGUUGUGGAAACUUCUUAAAUUAUACGACACGAAAUUUUUCAAACCGCGGAUCUUAAACCUGGAUUGCCUACGACAUUUUCUCGGACAGAUCAGAUCCUGUAACACGAGACAUCCCACGUGUGCGGAAUUUGAAAGUUCUUUCAAAAUAUUGCUAAUUAACAACUUGUCGUCGCCUCGCGUGGAAAAUAGCUGCGAGAACAAGAUAGACGGUUCGUUGCUGUUUUCUUUGAAAGAUUUUGUCCGGGAAACGGAGAGCAAUUGCGACAACUCGAUGAACGACGUGUUGUUAGAUCUAGAGAUAGAGACGAAGGGCGAAAAGCAUGACCAUUUAAUCACUUGCAAUUGCAUCGCAACAAAAAUUCUCAACAAUUCGCGCAUCAAAAGCUGCGAAAUCUGUAAGAAUCUUCUCACAAAUAAUGGAAAAAAAUGUGGAUUAGUGUCCAGUGAGAAUUUGUUAAGAGCAUUUGAGAGCGCGCAUAAUAUAUUGAAGGAAAAAAUAAGCAGCGUUUGUCACGAGCAUCACAUGGCAAUAGUAUUGGAAACCGAGUUGUACACGCUCUUGGACUUGAGUUGGUUGAAUUGUCAAAAACAUUACGUUCCGCUCAAAGAGCUCUUAGUGUCGUAUAUAGUUGUGUUUUAUAUUUAUGAAUGGUGUAAUAAUAUAAAUGACAUACUAACGGGAGAGGAGCAAGAUAGCUCUUCGUGAAUUUAAGAAGACCGACGUUUUCUCGAAAUCACGAUCAGUUGAGCGCGAAUGGAUCUAUGUGUACCUUUGUGACUUAUAAACUGUAUAUAAGUUUAUAUAUAAUUCUUUUUAUUAUAUAGAAAUAUAAGGUAAAGUUUAACGAU